UUGAAAAUAGAGCUAACUCUUAUGCUAAUGGCGUCGUGUGCACAUUAAUAUCACGAGAGUUUGUGUUUUUACGAGUUUUUAAGGCGACAGAAUAAUGAAAUAAAAGUUUUUUGUUGUCUUUUUUUUUGUUUUGUUUUGUUUUUGUUAAAGAAUUGCAAAAGUUUCAUGCUAGCGACGCUAAGUGAUUAGCCGUGGACUGGUGAAUAUAGCUAGCUACAAUUGUGUACCAUUAGAUAGUAAUAGGGGUUAUAAUGCUUUAUUCACAACUAUUCCGAUUUGGUAAACCUGCAUACUAUGUGCAAAUAUUAAAUCGUUCCUUUGCAGUUGGUCCUCUAUCAGCUUUGCAUUUGCAUAAAACUGAUUUAAUUCGGUUAAAUCAAUUAUCCAGGGCUCAGUGGUCUUGUGUGCACUAUCAUAGUGUUUUGGGUCUAAUAAGACAUGUUCAUAAUGGAGCUAAGUGCAGAAAUAAAGCUCAAGAUGAACCCAGAGAAAAGGAGAUGUCACUCUCCACCAGUCAGACAUCUUCAGGGAUCUCUGCUGCACAAAAAGUGAAGCAGGCUGGCAGAGAUUUCACAUAUCUGAUCGUAGUGCUGGUUGGACUUGGAGUUACAGGAGGACUGCUGUACGUCAUCUUCCAAGAACUGUUUUCGUCAUCAAGUCCAAGCCAGAUUUACGGCAAGGCCUUCAACAAAUGCAAGUCACACCCAGAGGUAAUUGGAGCUUUCGGUGAGCCCAUUAAAGGCUAUGGAGAGACUACACGUCGUGGACGGAGACAAAAAGUUAGUCAUAUUGAGUAUAUGAAGGACGGACAGAAGCACAUGAGACUGAAAUUCUAUAUCGAGGGUUCAGAGCCUGGACUUCGUGGCACCGUGCACUUGGAAUCACAAGAGAAUCCUGAAAGUGGAAAAUAUGAAUUCCGGUACAUCUUCGUGGAGGUGGAAGCAUAUCCCAGGAGAACCAUUGUGAUCGAGGACAACAGAUGAUUUACUUUUCUUCUGGAUGAUCUUGCAAAUGUGUGAAUCAAUUUCAGUUUAUUAACACAACUGCUUUACCUCCAGCAUUGACAAAGCAACUAAAAGAUUUUUUUAAUAAUAAAACUAAAUCGGAAAGAUUUUUAUUCAGAUUCCAGAGUUUAUGGUGCUUCUGUGAUCUGAUCAUGGUCAGCUAUGCUUUAUUCAGUUGGUCAUUCAAUUUGAUUAAAUGUAAGGAAUAAACACACAGAAAACUAAAAAAAAAAAAAAGGAAUGUAUGGCACUUCUAUGAAAUUUGAAAAACUACUAUUUUGUGCAUAUGCCUUUAUAAAGUUUGACAUGCUGUUAACAGAAGAAAAAAUAAAUAAAUAAAAUCAGAAACUGUGAUCAAUUUCAUUCUGUAAUCCAGCAGCAGGUUGAUAUUGAACGAGCAUUUCACUGUUGUGAACAAUAAAGCAAUAAAUUGA